AUGGCCGAAGCGACCUCCACCCCGCGCAUCACGGCGCAGUACCUCGACAACUACGUCGGCCGGAACGUCAUGCUCAUCGGCAAGGUUCUGCAGCUGCGCGGCGAAUCUGCCGUUCUUGAUGCGGAUGGCAAUGUCACUGCUAUUCUCAAUCGCGAUGUCCACCUCACCAAUGGCAGUGGUGCUCAGAUCAUUGGCAAGGUCAACCCAGAUCUAUCAAUCAAAGUCCUUACCUCCCGCGAUCUGGGAGCCGGUGUCGACUACCAGCUCGCCGCGGCAGUGGUAGAGGCAACCCAUCACUACAAGCACCUCUUCGUCUUUGACAAUUGA